UGUUUCUCUCCUCCACUUUAGGUGCGCUUAAUGAUCACAGAUGCUGCAAGACACAAGCUCCUUGUUCUCACUGGACAGUGCUUUGAAAACACAGGAGAACUCAUUCUCCAGUCAGGGACCUUCUCCUUCCAUAGUUUCAUAGAGAUCUUCACGGAUCAAGAGAUUGGUGAAUUAUUGAGCACCACACACCCUGCCAACAAAGCCAGCUUAACUCUUUUCUGCCCUGAGGAAGGAGAAUGGAAAAAUUCCAACCUUGACAGACACAACCUUCAAGACUUUAUUAACAUUAAACUCAACUCAGCUUCCAUAUUGCCCAAAAUGGAAGGACUCUCUGAAUUCACUGAGUAUCUGUCAGAAUCAGUAGAAGUGCCAUCGCCCUUUGACAUUUUGGAACCUCCAACUUCAGGAGGCUUCUUGAAACUCUCUAAACCCUGCUGUUAUAUUUUCCCUGGUGGAAGAGGGGAUUCUGCGUUGUUUGCAGUGAAUGGAUUCAACAUGCUUAUCAAUGGAGGAUCCGAAAGAAAAUCUUGCUUUUGGAAACUUAUCCGGCACUUGGACAGAGUAGAUUCCAUUCUACUCACUCACAUUGGAGAUGAUAACCUGCCAGGAGUCAAUAGCAUACUUCAACGAAAGAUAGCUGAGUUAGAAGAGGAACAGUCCCAAGGGUCUACUACCAACAGUGACUGGAUGAAAAAUCUGAUCUCACCUGAUUUAGGAGUCGUAUUCCUUAAUAUACCUGAGAACCUGAAGAAUCUGAAUCCUGACUUUGGAGUAAAAAGGAGUGUAGAAGAAGCUUGUUUUACUCUCCAGUAUUUAAAUAAAUUGUCUAUGAAACCAGAACCUCUUUUCAGAAACAUAGGGAAUACCACUGACCCCAUCAUUUUAUUUCAGAAAAUGGGAGUUGGCAGACUUGAGAUGUAUGUGCUUAAUCCUGUUAAAAAUAGCAAAGAGAUGCAAUAUUUUAUGCAUCAGUGGAGUGGUACUAGCAAAGAUAAAACUGAAUUCCUGCUACCAAAUGGCCAAGAACUAGACAUUCCAUUAUCCUAUUUCACCUCUGUCUCAUCCCUGAUUGUGUGGCAUCCAGCUAAUCCUGUAGAAAAAAUAAUCCGAGUUCUGUUUCCUGGAAACAGCACCCAAUAUAAUAUUCUAGAGGGACUAGAAAAACUCAAACACUUAGACUUUCUUAAACAACCAAUGGUUACGCAAAAAGACCUAACUGGAAACAUUGCUAGCCCAGCUGUGAAACAAGCAAAAUUGAAACAGCAAACAGACAGCAAGGAGAGUCUGAAGCCUGCUGCAAAGACGCCAAGCAAGCCUGUCAGAAAGGAAUCUAAAGAAGAAACACUGGAGCCUGCAAAACCUAAUUCAGCACUGGAAAAGAUUCAGAAAUUGGAAAGCAAAGAAAAAGUUCCAGUUAAAAAAGAGAAACCAGCAGAAGUGGAGACCAAACCUAUAGUGGCAGAAAAAGAUGUAACAAUUAAAGAAAAACAAUUAGUGAAAUAUGAAACUCCUGAAAAACAAGUUACAUAUGUAAAACCAAAAGUGGUAAAGGACAAGCCAGUGAAAAAGGAAGUCAAAGCAAAACCUGCAGAAAAGAAAGAGGAAAAAGAAAAAUCAAAGAAAGAGGUUUCUAAAAAAGAAGAGAAAACACCCAUCAAAAAAGAGGAAAAACACAAAAAAGAAGAGAUCAAGCAAGAAGUUAAAAAAGACGUGAAAAAGGAAGAGAAGAAGGAAACUAAGAAGGAAGUAAAGAAAGAAGCUCCACCAAAGGAAGUUAAAAAAGAAGGUAAAAAAGAAGAGAAGGAAAUUAAGAAGGAAGAAAAAGGAAUCAAAAAAGACAUCAAGAAGGUUCCUAAAGAAACAAAGAAGACAUCUGCUCCUUCGACUGAAGUAAAAAAGCCAGCAGCAAAGCCUAAACCACAAAAGAAGGAGGAACCUGCUAAAAAAGAAGCAAUAUCUGCUGGAAAGCCAAAGGAAAAAAUAAAAAUUAAGACUGUGAAGAAGGAUAUUGAAGUCAGUGGAGCUCAAGGUGCCCUUGCAGCAGUUGUAGCCACUACCACCACUGUAGCAGCUGCAGAAAUUACAACUAGUGAAAAAGAACUUCAAGUUGAGAGAUCCCUUAUGUCUUCACCAGAGGAUUUAACAAAGGAUUUUGAGGAAUUAAAAGCUGAAGAAAUAAAAGCAAUAAAAGAAAUGAAACUUCAAGUUGCACUUAUAGAAGAUGAACUGAAACUCACUGGCACAGAACAAAAAGAGGCCUUUGAAGUCAAAAAAGAAAAAAUAGAUAAUGAAGGACCUGCUGAGUCCUCUGAUGAAGGUGUAACUACCACAGAGGCUGAGGGUGAGUGUGGACAAACACCUGAAGAAUUGGAACCUGUGGAAAAACACAGGGUUGAUGACCAUGAAAAGUUUGAAGAUGAGGGAACUGUCUUGGAAGAAUCAUAUGAAGGAGGAUAUUAUGAGGAAAAAGCAGAGACAGAAGAAGCUGAAGAACAAGGUGAAGAUGAGAGGGUAAAGACACAACUGGUCACCACAAAACCAUAUAUGAAGAAAGCAAGAAAAAUGGAAGAGAGUUCAGAUGAAAUAAUGGCUGAAGCAGAUACUAAUAUUAAAGCUGAAAAAUAUAUUGAAAACACAGAUGAUGAGGCAUCAGAUGAACAGGCUGAGCAAGACAGGGAAGAAGCAGUAGAAAAGGCAGAAACUGAAGAGACUGAAGAAGAGGAAGAAGACAAAGCAAAAGACAUUAGAGAUGAAGAGGAAACUGAAAAAAUAGAAGCUGAAGAAGAUUAUGUGAUGGCUGUGGUAGACAAAGAUGCAGAAGUUGGUGAAGUUGAAGAUAAAUAUGGCCUACUCAUAUUUACACCAACAAAACACUCAGAGCCUCAGUCUCCAGCAGUUGAACUGACUUCUUCUAUUCGUGAUGAAACAUUACCUGGUGGUUCAGAAAGUGAAACCACUGUUUCUGAUGAAGAAGAGAGGGAAGAUCCACAUGAGGAAUUCACUGCUACUUCAGUUUAUACACAGUCUACCAUUGAAAUAUCCAGUGAACCAACUCCAAUGGAUGAAAUGUCUAUACCCCAUGAUGUCAUGAGUGAUGAAACUAACAAUGAGGAAAGUGAGUCACCUUCUCAAGAGUAUAUGUACAUUACCAAGUAUGAGACAUCACUGUACUCUCAAGAAUUUUCUAGACCUAAACUUUCUCCACUUCCAGAUGCUUUUAAUGGAUCAUCAGAGGGAUCCAAAACAGAGGCCACAGAAGGUAAAGACUAUAAUGCCUCAGCUUCUACCAUCUCACCACCUUCUUCAUUAGAGGAAGACAAAUUCUGUAAAUCUGCAUUCCAAGAUGUAUACUGUCAAAAAGGAAAUGAAAUCCAAGGCACUGACAAAUUAGAAAUCAAAGAAGCCUAUCCAGAAGAUUGUGGAAAACAUAGUCCAACCAAGACCCCAGCUAACAGUUUGUCCCCUCCAUCACCUGUUGCCAAAACACCACUGGUUGAAUGCUGUGUGAACUUUUCACUCACACCCAGUGAGAUCAAGGUCUUGGUUGAGCCUGUACCCAUUGCUAUGUUGUCUGAUGUACAUCAAGAAGUUGCCAAAGAGCACUGUGCAAGCCCUGAUCAUAAAACAUUAGAAGUACCAUCUCCCUCACAGUCUGCUGCUGGUAGUUCUGGCCACACACCUUAUUAUCAAUCUCCCACUGAUGAAAAAUCCAGUCAGAUUCCCUCUGAAACCAGUGAAAAGUUAACAGAAGUUCCUGUUAUCUUUGAAGUCAGUGAAGACAAAGAUGAGUCUGCAAAACCCAGAAUAAGCCCUAUGGAUGAGCCUGUGCCAGAUUCAGAAUCUCCUAUUGAAAAGGUUCUCUUGCCUCUACGGAGUCCGCCACUGAUAGGUUCAGAGACCACUUAUGAUACAUUUUUGAGUGAUGAUGUAAAGUUUCCCACCAGAGAUUAUGGAAAUCCUUCUGAGGGGAAACCUGAAAAGGAAAAAUCACCUGUUCAGAUGAGCCCAGCUUCUGAAGCCAGCUCUGUGGGCCUUUUCCAAGAAAAACAAGAUGAAAAAAGCAUGGAGUUUACGGUAAUUAAGGAAAGUUUAAACCUAGAAAGGAAAAUUGGGGAUACAGAACCCAGCAGCUCCCAGUCUUCACUGGUCUUGGAUGAGCAGAAGUUAGCAGGUGAUCUCUCACCUACUCAAAUAGAUAUUGGUCAGUUUGGUUCCUUAAAAGAAGAGACCAAAAUGUCAAUUUCGGAAGGCACUGUUUCUGACACAUCUGCAACUCCAGUUGAUGAGGUUGUAGCAGAAGACACCUAUUCCCACAUAGAAGGAGUAGCUUCUGUCUCUACAGCAUCUGUUGCUACUAGUUCAUUUCCAGAACCAACUACUGAUGAUGUGUCUCCUUCUUUGCAUGCUGAGGUUGGAUCACCCCACUCUACUGAAGUCGAUGAUUCCCUUUCAGUGUCAGUUGUACAAACACCAACAAUGUUUCAGGAAACAGACAUGUCUCCAUCUAAGGAAGAAUGCCCAAGGCCCAUGUCAAUUUCUCCACCUGAUUUCUCACCUAAAACUACAAAAUCAAGAACCCCAGUGCACAAUCACAGAUCUCCUGAGCAGUCAACUAUGUCAAUAGAAUUUGGUCAGGAGUCUCCUGAGCAGUCUUUAACAAUGGACUUUAGCAGGAAAUCUCCAGACUAUCCUACUGUAGGCACUAGUAUACACCAUAUAUCUGAAAAUGGACCAACAGAAGUAGAUUACAGCCCUUCAAAUAUACAGGACUCUAUUUAUGCAUGGAAGAUUUCCCCUGUGGAGCAGUCAUCUUACUCUCAGGAGAAGGACAUUUCAGAAAUUAUUUCAGUUUCUCAAAUUGAAGUUUCAUCCUCGACUUCAUCAGCUCAUACACAUUCCCAGUUAACUUCGCCACUGCCAGAAGAAACCUUUUCAGGUGCUGUUCCACCCAAACAUAUGACACUACAUUCUUCUCUUAUCUCAGAAAAGAUGCAGAGUUUAGGAGAAAAGCUUUCAUCAAAGUCUGAUCUAUCUCCAUUAACUCCAAGGGAAUCUUCUCCUCUGUACUCUCCUAGUUUUCCAGAUUCAUCUCCUGCAAUCACGGAAGCUGUGUCAGCUGGCCACACAUCUUCAUUAUCUUUGCAAGUGUCCUCUGUCAAAGCAUUUGGUUGCCAGAAACCCCUAACAAAGCACAGUCCAGAACCUUUAAUCAGCCCAGAAAAAGAAGAUUCAGAGAAAAGCAGCAGAUCACCAGAAGAACUCAAUUAUUCUUACAAGGCCACAGAGAAAACUAUUAGGUCACCAGAGGAUAUUAGCUACUCCUAUGGGGCAGUUUCAAAAUCUAAGUCACCUCAGGCCACAGAUUAUUCCUAUGAGACAACAGGGAAAGCCACCAGCUCACCUGAAGCCACAGAUUACUCAUUUGAGACAACUGAGAAAACCACUAGAUCAUCAAAAGCUACUAGCUAUUCCUAUGAAGCAAGUGCACAUUUUACUCCAGGAAAACCUUUAGCAGAAUCCCAUCAAGAUGUUGACUUAUGCCUUGUGUCCUCCUGCGAAUAUAAACAUCCUAAAACUGAACUUUCACCCUCAUUUAUCAACCCAAAUCCCCUUGAGUGGUUUGCAAGUGAAGAACAGUCUCAAUAUCAAAAGAAACCAUUAACUCAAUCUGGGAGAGCUCAGCCACCUUCUGGGGGAAAGCAGCAAGAGCAGCAGUGUGAGGAAACCCCUCCCACAUCCAUGAGCGAGUCUGCCCCAUCUCAGACUGAUUCAGAUGUUCCCCCUGAGACUGAGGAAUGCCCUUCCAUCACUGCAGAUGCUAACAUUGAUUCAGAAGAUGAGUCAGAAACCAUUCCGGCAGACAAGACAAUUAUGUACAAACAAAUUGACCCAUCACCUGUCCCGCUGCAGGAUCACAGCCCUUCCCCUAGGCAUCCUGAUGUCUCCAUGGUUGAUCCAGAGACUUUGCCCACUGAUCAGAAUUUGGGUAAACCUUUGAAGAAGGACCUCAAAGAAAAGACAAAGACAAAAAAGCAGGGCACUAAGACCAAGUUGUCUUCUCCUGUUAAAAAAAGUGAUAGUAAACCAAAACAAACGGCUUCACCCAAACCAACUGUAAAAGAAUCUGUAGAGAAAAAUUCCAAAACAGUUUUUCCAAAAAAGAAGGAGUCUGUGGAGAAAGCAACCAAAAAUAUCUCUAAUCCAGAAGUAAAGUCUCGAUUGGAAGAUAAAGACAAGGACACCAAGAAUGCAGCAAAUACAACAACAUACAAGUCAGCAAAGACUGCAACCACAGGACCUGGAAAUAGUAAGUCUGCAAAAUCUACAGCGGUCCCUCCAGGACCUCCAAUGUAUUUGGAUCUGGUAUACAUUCCCAACCACAGCAAUAGAAAAAAUGUUGAUGUUGAGUUUUUCAAGAGGGUGCGGUCAUCCUACUAUGUGGUGAGCGGGAACAAUUCUGCAUCUGAGGAGCCAAGCAGGGCUGUUCUGGACUCCCUGUUGGAGGGCAAGGCCCAGUGGGAUGAUAACAUGCAGGUGACCUUAAUCCCAACCCAUGACUCAGAAGUGAUGAGAGAAUGGUACCAAGAGACCCAUGAAAAACAGCAGGACCUCAACAUCAUGGUUUUGGCAAGCAGCAGCACUGUUGUUAUGCAAGAUGAAUCUUUUCCCGCAUGCAAGAUUGAACUGUAAGAAUCAGGCCACACACCACAAGAUUUACCUUUGUUCCAGAAAUUCUUCAGUUUGAAAACACCUUUUCUAAAAAUUCAACCCAUCUGAUUCAACUGCUGAACCGUAUACCUGAAAAAUGCUAUACCAUAUCACGGUGAUGCAAGUCACUAAUAUUUUUCAGUCUUUACUGAUUGCUGAGGGAAAUAACAGCAUUCCCAUAGUAGGGUCAAAAUUACUGUGAAAAUACAGAUCCAGUUUCAUCUCCACUGAAUUUUUGGAAACCAUGUACUAGCAACUCCAAGUGACUCCUGUCAGGUAAAGGCAUUUGUCCUCUAAAGAAUUACAAAGAGAGAAAAAGAGAGAAGUAGGAGGAAAAAGUAAUAAAUAAUUAAAUCUCUAGUAGUCGUGUGGCAAUAGCAGUUUAUGCACUCACAUGAAAAGGAGGUUUUAAAUUUGUAUCAAUCUGAGCUAUUGCAAAGGAGAUCCUUACUUUACAGAAUUAAGUUAGCUGCAAAAUAAGAAGCAGAAUGUGGCUAGGAAGGGACAUAUAACCUAAAUGCUCAUUAGUAGUUUUCCACUUUAAUUUGAACCCUGCAUACUGACAUCCCAUAACAAUUGUAGGCCAAAUAUGCAUGUAGUCUGAACCCCAUUGAGAAUUCUAAAAUCUUUCUUUCAACAUGCAAAAUUGUUGGUCUAAGAUGUGCUUCCAGUAAAACUCCACUCACUCCAGUCACAACUGAUCAGUACAUAUGCUUAAACACCCAUGUCCACUGUCAAUUAACUGAAACAAAAUACCAAAGCAGUUGGGAGUACAUACAGUAGACAAUUUACCUUAGAAAGUGACUUGAAUGUACAAAGAAACUUGAUGCACUUAGUUUUUAUUGUUGAGACAGAAAAUUUACAAAACAUCUGUGUAGAAUCAUAGUUGCACCAGUAAAGAAGUGUGAGUGUGCAUGAAGUGUGUACUAGAAACCUAUCUGACUGAUCAAACAGCUUGGUGCUAUGAAUUAUAUAUGUUACUUCUGUGAACAUAUCAUUGAUGCACCAGGACAACUCGAAGCAAGAUGAGAAUUUUUUUUGAAAGGUUCUUUUGUAUUGUGGAAGAAAGAUUGAAGUGGUGUCCAGUAUCAGAGCUGCAAAACUUGAUAAAAUAUUCAGGAUGAUGAAAAAGGUUACCUGAAAGUCUGUAUGGUAUACAAUCUUCCUUUGUUUUACCUUAUUUUAUUUGUUUAAUUUAAGAGUAAAUAUGGGAACAAAUGUACAGAAAACCUUUUUUUAGUGCCACGUGAACUUUUAAUGGAUUUUUAAGAAAAGUUUUCAUUUACAGGAAAAUGCAAAGAAAAAUUUUUCAGGUGAAGGCAAUUUUUUAGUAGUCUUGUAAGAUAAAUUAAUGUUGUUUAAGGUUCUAGUGAGAAUGGAUAUUGAGGUAAUAUUUGUUGAAAAUAGUCAACUGCCACACUUUUAUGGGAGGAGCAGGGAAGGGGCACUCUGUUGGUAAAAUUGAUAAUAACAGAAAAUGUGAUUUGAAAUGCUGAUUGUCGAAUAUUUACAAGGGUUGUAAUUUAUAUUCUUGAUCCUCACAAGAUCUUGAAAAAAGAUAGAUUAAGCAAUAAGUUAAGUCCCUUUCCUUUCCUCCUUCCUCUCUCUCUUCCUUUCCCCCCUUCUCUUCCUUCUCUAGACUACUUGCAGUGGAACAGUAUGUAGAACAGUUCUGUAAUUUAAGACAGUUUGGAUUUUUUUAGUCUCAGAAGUUUUAUCCCAAUUAAAAAGUCUUGUUACAUUGUAGAGGGUUUGCAAACCUGAACUUAUCGAAGGUGUAAAGGCCUCCAAAACAAAGAUAUGUGCUGGUCUGUAUGAUUCACCAUUAUGGAUGGUAUUAAGCUUCACAAUGUAGUGAACUAUGACCUCAUUUUAUUUUCUUUACUUAUAAUUUGGAGCCCCUGAUGGUCUAGUGGUAAGGGCAUGGCGCUGUCACCACCGAGGCCCGGGCUCGAUUCCCGGUCAGGGCCGCUCCCGGGCAGAUGGAGCUCGUUAGCCCUUAAAAAGGCAACCCAUCUACAUCCUGAGGACCUCGCUGCCACCGUCCAAGCUUGCUUGGCCCCGGCAGAUGAACCUUAGGAUUAAAGGGUGGGCUCAGUUCCGCGCACACUGUGUCUCACCUAAAAAAUCCAAUGCGCAGGCUGGAAGGUGUAAAGACCUUCCCCGGAUCUUCGCUCGCGAAGACUGGCCAUUAUUACUUAUAAUUUAUUUCAAUUUUACAUUGUUAGGAUAUUUUUGUUUAAUAGGUAUAUGUUUGCACUCCAAAUUUUUAUGGGUUUUUUUUUAAUACUGCUUUAGGACCCAUUAAAUGUGGGCUCCUGUGGCCUAUUUAAUACUGUGAAUUACUGUUUGUCCACUGUUGAGAUAUUUGAUUUAUUUUUAAUGUCUUUUUCAUUUUAGGUCUCUCUAGCAAUGAUGGUUUAUUUAUUGCUAUACUAUUUAAGUUGUUAGGAACUUCACUCAGAAUGACUAUGACAGAAAAGGCAGAUGGAAAUUUAUUGUGAAAACAAGCAUGUUUGCUGGGCUCAUAACCAUUCACUUAAAAUUGCUUUUGUAAUACAUAGUCUUCAAAGUUAUAGGCAAAAUGUUUAGUAGAAUAGUUGCUCAAUUUCUACAAUAUUUCAAACUUUUUGAGUGGGUGGGAACUGAUUUUCUGAUAAUAUUUGAAAUGGUUUGUGCCUCUACUUUGGUAGAAAAUAUAAUACACCAAUAGUCCUCAGACUAAUUUCACUUAUGCCACUUACUCCUGUGAUUCAGGAGCAAUUUCACUACAAUUAGGGAAGUUACAGUCAUUUGGUCUAAUGAAAUUAGAAUCAAGUCUUAAAUCUCUCCAAGUAAGUUUGUGAUGGUUCAAGCAUUUAUUUUACUUUAAAAAUAAUAAUAAUUAGGCAGUUACAGCCAAUCUUAAAACAUUUAUUUAUAUUUUGCUGCUACAAGAAUAUUAAAACCCCAGUCUGACUUUUCUGAGGUAUUGUAAUGCCUAUUCCAUCCAUUCCCUUUUAAAUGUUAAUUAUGCUUGGGUGUAACACAGCAAUGAACUCCUCCAUUAGCUCCUCUUGCCCUUAUGUCUUUCCUGCCUGUGUAACUAAUCUAACUGUGCUAAUCACUACAUAAUCCGUUUAGUCACAGUCAGCAAAAUGUGGCCUAUACAUAAAUGAUGAGUGCUGUUGAUCAGCAUGGAUUUCUAGGAGCAUGGUUUGUUAUUGAUUAAUUAUACAGAUGGAGCCCCUGGUGGUCUAGUGGUAAAGGCGCCGCGCUAUCACCGCGGAGACCCGGGUUCGAUUCCCGGGCAGGUGGGGCUCGUUAGCCCUUAAAGGCAACCCACCUACGUCCUAAGGACCUCGCUGCCACCGUCCAAGCUCGCUUGGCCCCGGCAGAUGAACCUUAGGAUUAAAGGGUGGGCUCAGUUCCGCGCACACUGUGUCUCACCUAAAAAAAUCCAAUGCGCAGGCUGGAAGGUGUAAAGACCUUCCCCGGAUCUUCGCACGCGAAGACUGGCCAUUAUUAUUAUUUUAAUUAUACAGAUUCAAUAAGACACUCCAUUAAAAUGAUGGUAUUACCCCUAACAGCAUCUCCAGUCAUGAUCUUUAUGCUAUUACUCUACUGUUUCAUAAAAUUCAAUGAAGAAUUAACAUUAGAGAUUACACGCCACUCCUUAACUUGGACAGGGCCUCUCUUUUGUGCCUUUUCAAAGUCCUGUGGUGGGCCUGACUUCAUUGACCUCUACUUUUCAUGCCUUCUUUCAUAAAAUUCACUUUUGAUUUUUUUUAUUAUUAUCUUGCAUACUGUAGUGAAUGGAGGUAACUGUGUAUAUGAAUGGGGUUUUUUAAUUGUCUACAAUAGCUUAUGCAUUUUAGGAGAGUUCUAGUACUCAUUUACAAAGAUUUAAUCAAUUUGUUAAUUGAAUUUUCAAUCCAUCCUACCACAAGCAAGUCAGCUCCAAAGAGCACUUACUGUGCAUUUAGGACAUUUCUGUCAUAGGCUUCUCUUUGUUCAUCUGUUGCAAGAGGUUCUUGCUAUGAUGUUUUGAGAGAAAUAGUAAUUUUGUUUAAAAUAAAAAAAGAAAAAAGUCUGUUGUGACUUUACAAAAAAAAUCUAAAAAAAGUAGGUAACUAAAUAAAACAAUGUCAUAAAAAGCUUCUCUGAACUAGACUAGCUAGGAGCUCCAGAUGGCAGAGCUACCUCUUCCAGACUGAGCUGUAAUCACAACUGUAAAAGAGGAAAUCUGAAAUAUGCUUUCACACAUUUGCAUGUAGCCAUCAUCUUCAAUACUAUGGAAAGAAACAGUCUUGUUGCUGGCUGAAAAGCACCUCACACACCUCCUCUCUUGUUCUGAAUGGUGUUUGUGUCAGUCUGCAGCUGUCUAUGGUAUUAUGUCUUAUAAUCCUGUAUCACUUCUCUCCAGUCAUAUCUAAUGUAGAAAAUUAGUUUCCAGUGAAAGUAAUAUGCAGUGCUUUUAUGAUAUUUGUGCACAAUGUCCCCUCUUCCAUUGAGCAUAUUUGAUGUAAAAGAAAAAAACUCAGUUCCACAAUAAAAUACAAAAGCAGUAAAGCAGUA